AUGGAUUUCCCAUUCCAAGCUCCCAUUCCACCUCUCACAGCCAACUAUCAAAGUGAGCCGGAAAAAAUUGGACAGGCGACAGAUAUGAUGAUCAAAAGAGUGACGGACGCCAAGAAAAUGAUUGAGGAGCUUCUGCAGAUGUUAGAUUUACAAGAGAAGUGCCCGUGGCCUGAUAUGCUCGAGAAGUUCUCAUCAUUAGCAUCGGCAAUGGCAAGUCUGCAGACGUCGGUACGGAAAAGCGGCUUGCCACACGGUCACGAAGAUCAUGGACAAUUCCUGCGAUCUCAUGUUCUAGUGCCGCAAAGAUUGCAAUACGAACCAGAUGAAGCUCUUCUGAGAGUAACCCAAGGUCGGGUCUUUUCAUGGAACCAUGAGUUGGUGCCAGAAUAUUUGAGAACGAAGCCAAAUCCAGAGAUGGAAAAUGAAGAACAGAUGCUGGACAUGGAACGAAGUGCAAAGGCUCCUGAUCUCGUUGUGAAACAGAUAGCUGCAUACAACAAAAAUAUCGAAGGACUCUUGGGCAGUUUAUCAAAUAUCGACAGGCUGCACAGUGAGGCCAUUAUCGAAAAGCCAACACACAGCCGUGAGGAAACAAUGAAAUUAGUCAAAUCCAUCUUAUUAGGAGAAGCAAUCCGAACUUUGCGAACUGCUGGCGCUCCUCCAACGUCCACGCCUAUGCCAGCUGCACCCGGCUCAGCUGGUCCUUCUCAAUCAGGAUCACAAGUGAUGAACCAGGCUCCAGGAAUGCAAGACUAUCAGAACCCACAGCUGCGUCAGCAGCUCAUGGGACAGCCACCACAAAUGGGAUAUGGAAACGCGUAUCCACCACAGUAUCCUCAAAUGCAUCCUCAACAAAUGGGUGAGCUUUCUGGUAAUUCAUUCUAG